AUGGGAUUCAAAUACAUCGUCUUCCUCGCUACGGUGACCAUUGCCAGCGCAGCCGUCCUCCCGCUGGCCGUGAAGCACGUCGCAUACCCAGAAGCUCCGGCCGAGUACCACUUCCAGUACUCCGUCCACGAUGACCAUACCGGUGACAUCAAGAGCCAGCAGGAGGAGCGCCACGGAGACAACGUGGUCGGACAGUACACGCUGAUCGAUGCCGACGGUUAUCGGCGUGUGGUCGACUAUACCGCAGAUGAGCACAACGGAUUCAACGCCGUCGUCCAUCGCGAGCCAAUCAAGCACGCCAUCCCGGUCGCUAUAAACACCCUGUUCCUGUUCUAUCACAGGGAUUAA